UCUGUACAAACCUUGCCACAUUUGCAUGGCUAAGCUUUAUUUGUUCCGUCACAGAGUGCGGCAGUGCCCUCAAAAUGUAUUGCUUGUUGACUGUCUAUUACAGGUUUCCUUAAAUCCCCCCUUCUCUCCAGCAAGACCGCAGCCAGCUGUAUCCCAAGGGCCCCUGCCUGCCCCAAACCCUUCUUUUGCAAGGUGUUGACAAGCUCACAAGCGUCCACGAGUCACGACUAGGACCAGUUUGAAAAAUGUGAGUCUGUUUCAAUGAGGGGGCGACGGGACACACAGUUGUGCUAGCUGUGUGAGAGUUGAGAAGGCCGGGGCAGAGGGACCAACUUCAGUCGAAGGAAGCAACUAUGAGGUGGGGCUCAACUCUGUGGAUGCUUUUCUGCUGUCUUUCACUUCUCCCAUCUCCCACAGAUUAUAUAGCUGUGAUGUCAGUUGACUUGGGCAGCGAAUGGAUGAAAAUUGCAAUUGUGAAGCCCGGUGUGCCAAUGGAGAUUGUUCUAAACAAUUAGCUACGCCAGACCAGUCAUCAUCCUUGGACCCAUGAAGGACAGAAUCAACGAUGAUUUAAUAUCGGAGUUCCCGGACAAAUUUGGAUCAUGCGUGCCACACACCACAAGGCCAAAGCGGGAGUAUGAGGUGGACGGGCGGGACUAUCACUUUGUCACCUCCAGGGAGCAGAUGGAGAAGGACAUCCAAGAGCACAAAUUCAUCGAGGCCGGCCAGUACAAUGACAACCUGUACGGGACCAGCGUCCAGUCUGUCAAAUACGUAGCCGAGCGAGGCAAACACUGCAUAUUGGACGUGUCAGGAAAUGCCAUUAAACGGUUACAAGUAGCACAAUUCUACCCUAUUGCCAUCUUCAUAAAGCCCAGAUCUGUCGAGUCCUUAAUGGAGAUGAACAAGCGGCUAACAGAGGAGCAAGCAAAGAAGACGUACGACCGGGCAAUGAAGCUGGAGCAGGAGUUUGGGGAGUUCUUCACAGCUCUGGUGCAAGGAGACACAUUAGAGGACGUUUAUAAUCACUGUAAGCUGAUAGAGGAACAGUCUGGACCUUACAUCUGGAUUCCUUCGAAGGAGAAAUUAUAAAGGCAACCCAGGCCAGGGAUCUGAGACUGCACAUAAUAGGAAUAAUUUGUAUAAUACAAUAAAUUAUUAUGGAAAUGGUUAUUAUUAAUAAUUCCAAUGAUUACCAUGAACUUUUUUGUUGCAUUAUCGUUUUCUUCACUUUCAAAAUGAAUGUUCCUGAAUGUGUUCAAAAUAUUUUGGCAUCAAAAAAGAAUGGACUGUUUGUUCAUGUAUUUAUUGAUUAUUAUUUUGUUUUAUUUCUUGUUGUUGUUGUUGUUGUUUUUUUUUGUUUUUUUUAAGAGAAGGUGAAAGAAACAAAAGUCCAUGUCAGAUGUGUAUCCUCAGACAAAAAUAACAAGUGGAAGGACAAAGAAAAAGACCCAAUGGCCCUGGAACUCAGAACACAUCAACAACACACAGAAGACAGAAAAUAACGGCUUCUUUUGCUUUCCAACUGAUGAAUAGCACUCAGUGUCCUCAAAACCUCAUUUCACAUUAGUGGUUGUAAUAAGUAGUGAGUUUCGUAUCUAUGCACUCUCUAGACCCUUGGAUACUUUCUGUAAUGUGGUUUACUUUCAGUUUAUUAUUGUUUUCCUAAUUUAUAAUUUUUUUCUAUUCAUUUUGUUUGAAUUUGUUUUUUAUAGUUUGCAAUUGUUUUCUAGUGAAUUCUUCCUUUAAAAAUAUGAAUAAGAGAUACUUUAAUUUAGAGAGAACAAAGGGAUACAACUAGGAAUAGGAAAUUUGACACUAUAUUUUGCUAUUUAUAUUGAUAGAGGGCACAACAGCACAGAAAAUAUUUAUAACGAAGAUAUAACUUUGUAAAAAACAAUAAAUUUUAAAAAAUGAGUUUUACUUGUGUAACAUAGUGUGUUGUGGUAGAUUUAGUAUUGAUGGCGAUUUUGUAAGAAAGUAAGCGAAUAUGUAUGGAUUAUGUCGCUUGUUGGGUUGGGGAAUUUACAGUUUUGUGAUGCACUGUGGUGACCAACACGUUUACCCAGAUCUGAGUUCCAAGCAAAGUAUUUCCCCCUCUAAAGUUUGCAUGAACCAGGGAUGUUUCCCCAUUCGGCCGCUUUCCUGAUGCUGCAAACAUUUUUUGAGGUGGUUUUUCCCAUAUAAGGCAAGAUUCGUAGCCCUGAGGGUCCAAAUUUCAUGUGUCAAUAACGUUUGCAAUAAGCCCCAUUUAUGGCCUACAACAUUGCUACUGAGACUCUGUUUGGGAGUAAAAAUGGAGGAAGAUUGUGCUUGCGACCACAUGGUACUGCAAGCUAUUGAAUGUCUCAUUGUAUAGAAAGCCACUUAUAUUGUUCCCUAUGAUUUAUAAUGUACAGUUAAUAUUUGACCAAUCAAUGUUGAGGUUGUGUACACAUCUCAUUCAUGUAUUGUUAUUUAUUUAUUACUCUGUAUAGAAAGAGACUGUGUAUCUUCUUCCUUUAUUUGUGAACUCUUGCCACCAGGAGUGGAUGUCAGCCCACCGGUGUCAGAAACGGGGUGGCCUGAAAGUCCAUUAUAAGUUGAGGCUAAAUGAUUAUUUAAGCAAAUAUUGCUGAAUAUUCUUUUUACCUGAAGCAUACGUUCAAUAAAUCAAUUAUUGAUUCUGAGAAAAAAAAUGUUUUUGAUUCAUUGUCUGUUUUACCCCUUCCUCCACCCACAUAUCAAUGACUGUCAAUAUCCAUGAGCGAUAUUGAUAUUGUUU